AUGCCACCUGUGCCACAAAUGCUGUUAAAGCAAGAAGGUGAGGCGGCGCCAUUUGAGGGCGAUACAAUCGUCAUCUCCGGAAUGUCGGGCCUAUAUCCUCAGUCUCACUCCGUCAAGGAUCUGUCCGACAUAUUGUACAACAAGACGAACCCUAUAAAACUCAACAACACGCGCUGGGAGUAUAACCACCCUGAAGUGAUGCAGUGCAUCGGCAUGGUGCCGGGCCUGGAGCGCUUCGAUGCGCAGUUCUUCAAGGUCCAUUACCGCCUCAGCACCGCAAUGGACUCCAUGUCGCGGAAAGUUCUCGAACAAGCCUACCAGGCCAUUUAUGACGCUGGUGUAAGUCCAGAACAACUUUCGAAUAAGAAAGUGGGUGUCUACAUUGGCUCCUGCUUCUCUGAGACGGAGAAGGCUUGCUUCUACGUUGCUAGUUCCAGAACAGGAUUUGGUAUUGCGGGAUGCAAUAAAUCAAUGUUUGCUAAUCGAAUAUCGUAUUGGCUGAAUGCAAAAGGCCCCUCGGUGGCGAUAGACGAAGCCUGCUGCAGUUCUCUCGCGGCCCUGGAGCAAGGGUACUUGGCUAUAAAGAGGGGAGAAUGUGAAUCUGCGAUAGUCGGAGGAUGUAAUAUAUGUUUGCAUCCUCAGUCAUCGUUGCAUUAUUCAAGAAUCAUGACGUUAUGUGCAGACGGUAAGACGAAGUCUUUCGAUCAAAAUGCUGACGGAUGUGCCAAGUCCGAAGCAAUAAAUGUACUUUUCCUACAAAAAGCGAAAGACGCCUUAAGAAUUUACGGCGAAUUGCGUCAUAUAAAAUGCGAAUUCACUCAAAUGGUGAAGACUGAGACCGGACCUCGAUAUGGAUUUUAUCGAGAACCAAGAGUAAUGUCUAAUUUUAUAAAGAAUUUUUACGAGGAAUCCGGUGUCCCACCUAAUGCUGUGGAGUAUGUUGAAGCCUUCGGGUCAGCUGUGGAAGACGCCGAUAGAGUGGAAUUGGAAGUUAUUGACGAAAUAUUUUGUAAGGACAGAGACGAUCCUCUUAUGGUUGGAAGUGUAAUGUCUAACAUAGGAUAUGGUGAAGCUGCUUCAGGGAUAUCCGCUGUAACAAAGGUCUUGUUGGGGUACCACAAAGGUCUAUUAGCGAGUAACCUGCACUGUGAGACGCCGAGGCAGGACGUGGAGGCGAUUCGAGACGGCCGGCUGCGGAUCCUCACUGACCACGCGCGGUUCGGACGCACGUACGCCGCCGUCAACGGAAUGUCUGUCACCGGAGUGAACGCACACGUGCUUCUGCAUGGUUAUUACAAACCUAAGGAUCUUAGUCGAUACAAGUGCAACAUCCCGCGUCUAGUAACAAUCUCCGGCCGCCACGAGUCCGCGGUGAAGAAGAUUAUCGACGAUUUGAAGUCUCGCCCCGUGGACCCUGAAGAGCUGGCUCUGUUGCACAACGUCUACAAAACAAAAAUCACCGGACACAUGGCGAGAGGAUUUGUUAUCUUAGACACCAAAGCGGCUUCGACUGUGAGUUUACACGAGAAAGUGGAUUAUUUCAACGACUCGAAGCGGCCUUUGUGGUUCGUUUACAGCGGCAUGGGCUCCCAGUGGGUCGGCAUGGGCACGCAACUGAUGCGCAUACCGGUCUUCGCAGCAGCUAUUGAACGAUGUGACCGAGUUUUAGCACCUAAAGGAAUAAACAUCGUGGACAUAAUAACAUCAGAGGACAAAACUACGUUCGACAACAUCCUGCACUCGUUUGUGGGUAUCGCCGCCAUCCAGAUUGGACUCACUGAUGUCCUGCACGCUAUCGGAAUUGUACCAGACAAAAUUAUAGGUCACAGUGUGGGGGAGCUCGGAUGCGCGUACGCGGACGGCUGUCUCUCAGCACAGGAGAUGAUACUGUCAGCGUACAGCCGGGGCUUGGUCUCUGUACAGACUCCUUUCAUAAGAGGAUCGAUGGCUGCCGUUGGUCUGGGAUAUCAUCAGAUUUCGAAAAUGUGCCCGCCUGAGAUCGAGGUGGCGUGUCACAACAGCUCUGAGUCCAGCACCAUAUCAGGCCCAGCUGACGUAAUGAGAGAGUUCGUGAGCGCGCUCACUGCCAAAAGAAUAUUCGCGAAGGAAGUCCCGUGCUCCAAUAUUGCCUAUCACUCACGAUACAUCGCCGAAGCAGGUCCUGCACUGCUGGAACGUCUGAAGGAAGUAAUUAAAACUCCGAGAGCUCGCAGCGAGCGAUGGGUGUCGACGUCGGUGCCACAAGACAGGUGGAACGAACCAAUUGCCAAACUGUCUUCAGCGGAAUACCACACCAACAACCUACUAAGCUCGGUGUUGUUCGAAGAGACAUCUGCUUUGAUUCCGCCCAAUGCUGUCCUCGUGGAGAUAGCGCCCCACGGACUGCUGCAAGCUAUACUAAAACGCUCGCUGCCUGAGAGCUGCUGUAACAUCGCACUAACUAGACGUGGCCAUCCAGAUAACGCGUAUUUAGUUCUAGAAGCUGUUGGAAAAUUGUAUAUGGAAGGCUAUACGCCUAAAAUAGAAGCUCUUUAUCCCAAAGUUGAAUUUCCAGUGUCCACCAGCACGCCGAUGCUUUCUCAUACAGUGGAAUGGGCACACGAGGAAAAAUGGAGCGUUCCAUUAUACGCAUCGGCGCACAGAAAAUUAGCCUCAUCGUGCAAAUUUGUAUUAAACGUCUUCGAUGAGGAAUACAGUUAUUUAAGAGGAAAUGUUGUUAAAGGGAAGAUGGUUUAUCCGUUCGCUGCAGCUCUGGUGGCUGUGUGGGACACUCUCGCUAUGUUUAUGGGUGUUCCUAAGAAGCAGAUGUCGGUGGAGUUCCGCGAUGUGCACUUGUUCGCGCAGCCCGUGCUGCACGAGCAGCGACAGCUCCGGCUCAGCGUCGACCUGCACAGAGGCACCGGACGGUUUGAGGUUAUGGAUGACACCUCUAAGGUGGCCACAGGGUUUAUUUACAAUAAACAUAUUACGACCCUGUCAGAACAAAAAUCAAAUGAUGUUAUGGAUCUUGCGAGUGAAGAUAUCUACACAUUGUUAAAUAUAAAAAAAUAUUCGUACAGCGGAGACUUUCGCAGUAUUCAUGGUGUGAACUCAUCGCUGACGACUGCUCUAAUGUUGUGGCGAGAUAAUUGGGUUACACUGAUCGACGGAUUGUUACAAUUGAACGUGCUGAGGCAAACACAUGAUGGCGUCUCAGUACCUAAACAAAUAGGAUGUUUAAGUAUAGACGUCACCGAACAUAGCAAACACAAAAUGGAUCUGGAUGGCGAGACAGUUAUGAGAGCUGAAGUAUAUGACGUCUACAACUAUACGAGGUGUGGAGGCAUCGUAAUUAAGCAUCUAAAACUUAAAAACUUGCCGCUGGAGUCUGAAGACAAUUUCGCUUUAAAGGCAUUACAAUUUGUUCCACGCAUUUGCAACAAUUUAGACUUUGUUUCUACAUUGCACGUGUAUCUUCAAAUUGUUGCCGAAAAUGUGAAUAGAAAUUAUGUUAACAUUGUUUCCCUUGUAAAUUAUAAGGAUGCUAAGAUUUUUAAAGAAAUUAAAAAUGUUCUGACUGAUAUAAUGAACAUAAAUUUCAAAUAUGAAGAAAUUAAUAUACAAUAUAUAAAAGAAAAUAUUGACACCGCUCUGGCUGAUGUUGAUGUCGUCCUUCUUCAUGGUCUUUCUACAGACGAUAAUAUCUGUCAACUAUUGUACCGUAAACUGCGACAGAACUCGUUCGUUGUAAGUGAAGAAGAUAACACUUUGGAGAAACGCAUCCGUCCGUCUGCGGUUUAUCGCACGGUGAGCGUCAGUGGCGAACUGCAGUUGGUCCGAUGGAGGCCAUCAAGAGUAUCUUCAAACCGUUCAGCUGUCUCUGUAUUCUUUGCCUCUGACAUUCCUCUGUUGAUCGCGACGCGCAAAGCUAUGCAACCGGAAGCCCACCUACUGGUGCUGACAACCCAACCGCCACCGCAGGGUCUCAAGGACCUCAUACGUACUUGGAGAACCGAGCCUGUCCGCAACCAAGUUUCUCUAGUGGUCAUGGAUUCUAGAUCACCUGAUGAGUUGAUGGACACAGACAUGCAAUUAGCUUUUAACGUUUUGAACAAGGGGCAAUGGGGUGGAGAGUACUACGUGCCAAUACAGGAGAAGUACGAAAGGGGCACAAGAGCGAUCUUGGAAAGCGCACGCAUCGGUGAUAUUGGAUCCUUGCACUGGGUUCAGGGUCAAGAACCUCUUAAUGAUGGCGUUAAAGUAAACGUUCAUUAUGCAGCACUGAAUACAGUAGACAUGUUGAAAGCAACUGGUCGUAUUCCGUUUGAGAAUGAAAAUGAAUCAUCCAGUCGUGGUGGUUAUGGAAUGGAUUUCAGUGGAGUUACAGAAAGCGGUGCCCGCGUGAUGGGCGUGGUGUCCGGCGGCGCGUGCAGCAGCGAGGUGCGCGCGGCGCCGGAGCUGCUGUGGCCGGUGCCCGAACACUGGACGCUCGAAGACGCCGCCACUGUGCCGUUACCCUAUAUCAGUGCUUUCUACUGCUUCCUACGUACCAUCUCACGUACCAGAUUAGUAGAUAAGUCUGAGGAAUAUACUUUGUUAGUACACGGAGGGGCUGGAGCCCUUGGACAAGCGGCGAUCUCCAUUGGGCUAGGGCUGGGGUAUGAAGUGUUCACGACUGUCAGUGACGUCAAGAAGAAACAGUUCCUGAUGAGACUGUACCCGCAACUAAAAGGAGAGAACAUCGGUAAUUCUCGUGACAACAGUUUCGGAGAUUUAGUGCUGCGCGCUACCAACGGCAAAGGAUGUUACAUAGUUAUAAACAAUCUAAGGGGAGAUUUGAAAAAUGUAUCUUUACAAUGUUGCAGCGAUUCUGGCACAACUUAUGAUAUGUCUCAACUAAGUCACCAAGAAAAUUAUAUGUUACCAAUGUCAUAUUUAUCCAGAGAGAGAUCAUAUGUAUCCAUAGAUAUAUCUUCGGUUAUAAAGAAAUGGAUUAUCAAGGAUAUAAAGAUGCUACACGCGAUGGUGAGUGAAGGAAUAGCGCGCGGGUACGUGCGCCCGCUGUCGCGCGUGUCGUACGCGCCGCACGCCGCGCCGCGCGCGCUGCGCCUGCUCGCCGCCAGCGCGCACCGCGGCCGAGUGCUGCUGCACCUGCGCGACACGCGCCUGCACGUGCUGCCCAGAAUCAUCUGCCAACCCGACGAGGUCCAGUUGAUACUGUGCGACCGGAGUUCACUCGGCUUGCACUUGGCAGACAGACUAAUAAGCCUUGGCGCAAAAAAACUAUACGUGCAUUGCGCUUCUCUAACUCCGCAUUUACGCUACAAGCUACGGUCUUGGCAAAAAAGAGGUGUUCUAGUGGAGGCAUCAUCUGAAGAUUUGAAUAAAGAGGGGAUAUCGGACCUCAUGGGUAAUGUCGACAGAUUGGGGACAGUAGGCGGUAUCUACGUCAUCGCCACAGACGCUUCUGACAAAACUGAUGGGAAAUUUUUAUCGGCGUUGAAUAAAUUAGAUUUAGAAUCAAGAAAAUUAUGGCCGACCUUAAGGUACUUCGCAGUUAUAAGCUCAGAUAUGAUUGGAGUGCAAACUUGUAUAGAUCGUGUCAGUAAUGGAUAUCCUGCAACACAGCUCAAGUUUAAUUUGAUUGAAACAAGUGUAGCAAAUGAAGGAGGGUUUGAGCUGAGCGCGUCGCAGUCGCUCGGCGUGGUGGCGGCGGCGGAGCGCGCGCUGCACUCGCCGCACCCGGCGCUGCUCGCGCACCAGCUGCGCGCACCACACGCGCCGCUGCUGCAACAGAUGGCUCAUGUCGCCGAUAUUAGUAUUUCCGAAGACGUUGCAGAUGAUGCUACUCUAGAAAGUUUUGGAGUUAUACAGGAAAAAUUGGAGAGAGUUAGAAUACUUUUAGAGAUGUCCUACAACAUUGUGUUAAACGAAGAAAAUAUUAAGGCCUUAACUAUACAGAGAAUCCGAGAAAUAGGAGAAACAGUCAUACCAACAAUGUUCAAUGGGUUGAAGGGUUUAGAAAAUUUUUACACUCACGUGGACCCUGACGAACUCCUCGCCACUACUGAACUCGUGUUUGUGUCAACUCUUACAUCCAGUGCAUCAAUGAGAGGCGAUGAGUUUGACGUCAACCAGACGUACCUUUGCAUUGUGCCGGGACUCGAAGGACUCCACAAUCGGUUCGGUUAUAUGUGCGAGCGUCUCAAACUGCCAGCACUGGUGCUCCAGCCCGGUCUCGAUAAACCGAACGAAACUAUUCAGGAAACAGCCAAAAAAUAUGCUCAAGUGUUUUUGAAGAGGAUAGGACAUAAAGACAACUUUUACAUCUUGGGAUACGAAUGGGGCGUUCCAAUGGCGUUAGAAGUAGCUUUUAUUUUAGAAAACCAAGGAAAGACUGGCACUGUAUUUUGUGUCGGCCUCGAACCAGAAGAAUUGAAAAUUGCGCUAGAAGAAGAUUUAAGUGAAUACAAGAACGAGGAAGAACUAGAGAACGGCGUGUUGAAGCACAUGUUCAAGCUGAUGACGGGCGACAAGUGCACAGGACUGGACGAGAUGCUGCGCGGGUGUAACUCGUGGGACAAGAAGGUGGAGGAGUGCGUGCGCACGCUGUUGGGGCGCGUCUCGCACUCGGCGCAGUACACGCGCGCGCUGUUGCACGCGGCGCUCGGGCGCAUCGCGGAGGCGCGCCGCUAUUCCUCCGCGCUUCCGCCACUGCACUCGCGCGUGGUUCUGCUGCGCUCGCGCCGCGCGGUGCCUGCAUCCCCGCAGCAGCUGAACGCACUCACGAGCGGCGAGGUGUCGGUCCACGAGCUCAGCGCGCCGCUCGGUCACGCCGCCCGCGACGCGCGCUGCGCCGCCAUCGUUAACUCAUAUUUGGAUCCAGAGCUAAUACACAGCUUUAAUAAUAUGAAUCUCUGUGACAGUUAUUUGCUUAACGCUGAUACCUUUAUGAAUGCUAGUAAGGACCUUGAUUAAAUAAUACACAUACAUUUAUAAUAAGUUUUUAAUAUUUAUUAACAAUGCCUAAUGGUAAAUGGACUUUAUAAGAGUAAUUAAGUAAAUAUUUAUAACGUAAUAAUUAUUAUUAAUCUAAUGACGAGGUUUACAACUAGAGGGAACCAUUUUUAGGAAAUAUGUUAUUUGAAAACUCUGUUCGA